UUUUUGUUUUUUUUUUUUCUUAAAUUCCUGUGGGUCACAAAACGACGUAAUGUUUGGGUUCCGAUGGGUUUUCGGUCGUGGAUUUCCGGUCAACAAAGGCAAAAUAAGCAAAAGAAAAGGAGAAAGAGACAUCGAUAAGAAAUCGUCAAGCGACUCACCGGUCAUUCAGUUUCAAACAAUCGAUCAACUCAAAACCAAUGCUGCUUAUGUUCAAUCAAUUCCAUCUUCAAAUCCUUCCUUCAUCGUCUUUCGUCAACCCCACAUCGAUCCGCUCGUUCCCACCACGACCCGCACUCAACCCAAAUCCAGGGUUGAAGGGGAAGCCAUGGAUUGCAGCGCCGCGAGAAAGCUUCAAAAGGCUGACCGUGAGAAAUUAAGAAGGGACCGUCUCAAUGAACAUUUUCUUGAGUUGGGAAAUAUACUUGAUCCUGAUAGGCCCAAAAACGACAAAGCAACUAUACUUACCGAUACGGUUCAAUUGUUGAAGGAGUUAACAUCUCAGGUCACCAAGUUAAAAGCAGAAUAUGCUACGCUGACUGAAGAAUCUCGUGAGUUGACACAAGAGAAGAAUGAUCUGAAAGAAGAGAAGGCAUCUCUUAAAUCUGAUAUCGAUAAUCUUAAUAUUCAGUAUCAGCAGAGAGUUAGGUCUAUGUUCCCAUGGGCAACUGUAGAUCACUCAGUUGUCAUGACCCCUCCUUAUCCUUUCCCAGUACCAAUGGUAGUACCUCCUCCAGGAGCUAUUCCCAUGCAGCCAUUCUCAUUCUUUGGGAAUCAAAAUCCCAGGGCCAUUCAUAACCCCUGCUCCUCUUUUCUUCCAUAUACGACUCCUAACACCAUGGUUGAACAGCAGUCAGCGCAGCAUGUUGCUCCACUUGCACAACCAGGCAGUCGGUCCCAUGCUUCAGGCAAACGAGAUUCAGAAUACAAGUCCUCAGGGGAGAGCAAGAUUGAAAAAACUGUGGAUUCAAAUGAUGUUGCUACUGACCUUGAGUUAAAAACACCUAGUUCUACAUCAGAUCAGGAUUUAUCAUCAGCACAAAGAACGCUGAAGAAAUCUUUUAGGAACGAAAACAGUAAUACAGAAGGGAGUUAUUCAAGUAGGUGUUCUUCAUCUCAUAAUGCACAAGAUAGCUCAUCCAAUAGCGAACUUAGUAGCAGAAAGGCUGAUGACCUAGAUAGGGGAAAGGAUUGACAAAUACCAGAGCCAGGUUGUUUCCAACUAUACCCCAGUAGUCCUAAAUUGCCUACAAACUGAAAUCACUCCUCUCAUUUCAUGAAGGCGCCAAAGAGAAUUGCUCUAGUGAAGUAGUUUGAGGCUGGGUUUUGUCCUGUGUCUCUCUUCCUUGAGAUGGAAAGGUGGUGACGAUCUUCAGUGCCUUCAUUUUCUAGUAGGAAAGGUGGUGAUGGAAAGGUCUCUCUCAAGUCUGCCAUUCUAGUAGGAAAAUAUCAUAUGAUUGGCUAGGAAACACCUAGAUUGCUGGUGUAUAGGUCGUAGUUCUAUAGAAUGUCAAUUUCAACUGGUUUAUUUAACUCAUAUGUUGUUUUUGCCAAUGCUUCAACCCAUGCAAUUUCACGCUGUCAGAUUGUAACAAAAAAAUCGUACGACCAUGAUCUUGUGAAGAGAGUAGAAUAUGAUAUUGAGAUUUAAGUCUCGUAUCCAAAAGAUGUUAUCUCUUAAACGCAAAUGAAUCACCUGAGAGUUCAUAUUGAAUUAUAAUUUUUUUUUUUGACAAAUGUAUGAUAAUUGGGUCAUUAAUUAUUUUGAUUUAAGAUUUAGCCUAUGAUUGGAUGUAA